CACCUCUAUGGGAAAGCGGUUCUCUGGGUGGGAAGCGCAGUUUUGGCGGGCGGUUCUGACGUCACUAGCUCUUGUGCGGUUGCUACGGAAUCACCGCAGCGAAGAGGCUUUUUGGCUGACAGAAGGGACUGCAGGGAGCGCCGAGUCCCGGGAAGCGGUGCAAGGCGCCCGAAAACUGGAACUCGGGGUCUAACGCGCUGCCCUCACUGCAACGGUAAAACGGAGGUCCUGCUGCAGUCGGAGCCCGGGCGGGAGCAAUCUUCCAGGAGCGGAGGCCCCGGCUGGGGAGAGCAUCCUCACCUGGUGAGAGGAGGACGGGAGCUUGGCGCGCACCACGCAGCGCCCGGGAGCCGGAGCCCGCGUCCGCCCUGCCGCAGCCGUGGUGUUAAUGCCUCUGAGCAGCCAAGCUCUCCCCACGAAAACGUUCACUUAUUUUCUUGCCUGACGUCGUCUUAAAAAUGGACAAAUACACCGCCUUCCAGGAUACUACUGUUUGCGUGACCCUUGGAGCUCCUUUUUGGUUCUAGACGGGUUUGAUGCUCCUGUUCUCCGAAUUCUGAUACGCUGCUGGGCAUAACAGUGGAACGCAAAACUGCUAAUUUGCCUUCCCCGCAGUUGGCCGAAAAUUGUUUUCCUUUCAGGUGUAGAUGUUGGAUAGGCCUUAUUAGCAUAUUAAAAUGGCUGUGCGCCAUGACGCCAUCCCUUCCCUGUCGGAUUGCCAGUGCCAAAUCUGCAUGGAAAUCCUGAUCGAGCCUGUAACCCUCCCUUGCAAUCACACGCUGUGUAAGCCGUGCUUCCAGUCGACUGUCGAGAAGGCAAGUUUAUGCUGUCCCUUUUGUCGCCGCCGAGUAUCUUCGUGGACUCGGUACCAUACCCGAAGAAAUUCUCUUGUCAAUGUGGAACUGUGGAAGACAAUUCAAAAACACUAUCCAAAGGAAUGCAAGCUUAGAGCCUCUGGGCAAGCAUCAGAGGAAAUCGUCGAUGAUUAUCUGCCAGUUCGUCUGUUAAGUAAACCUGGGGAAUUGAGAAGAGAAUAUGAAGAGGAGGUAAGCAAGGUGCAGGCAGAGCGACGAGCCAAUGAGGAAGAAGAAAACAAAGCCAGUGAAGAAUACAUACAGAGAUUAUUGGCAGAGGAGGAAGAAGAGGAAAAAAGACAGUCAGAAAAAAGGCGAAGAGAGAUGGAAGAACAACUGAAAAGUGAUGAAGAAUUGGCAAGAAAGCUAACUGUUAAUAUUAACAAUUUUUGUGAGGGAAGUAUCCUGGCUUCUCCCUUGAAUUCCAGAAAAUCUGCUCCAGUAACAACCAAGUCUGAAAAGAAAAGUAAGAACAAACUAAGAAACACUGGAGAUAUUCAGAAGUAUUUAUCACCUAAAUCUCAAUUUGGGUCAGCAUCACAGUCUGAAGUUGUACAAGAAGUCAAGAAAAACUCCGUAUCUAAGGAAAUGGACAGUAGUGAAGUGAAAAGUCCUACGUGGCAAGACACAGAAGUUGAAGAAGAUAUGCCAACACUUUCUCCACAAAUAUGCCUUGAAAUUCAAGAACAAGUUACAAAGUCUUCAAUAGAGUCACCUAUGCCAUGGUUAUGUGCCUAUAGUGCAGAAUGGUUCCUUGAAGGAAAAGUCAAAACAGAACUAAACAAUCAUGAUAAAGAGUUAGGUGUCUUAAAUCAUGAGGGACCUCAAACCAGAGUUCCGUACUCUGAAGAAGCUGCAGUUGAGCCUUGUGACAAAACAGAGAGUGGGUGCACUGUAUCAGGUAUGACACAGACAAUUGGAAACAGCACAGUUGAGACAGAGCAUGAAGAGUCUCACCUGAUCAGUAAGGAUAUUUCCAAAAGAAAAAACGAGGAAUCUUUGUUUAAAGCAGUGGGGGAUCCAUGCUUUUCUGCAAAAAGAAUGAAAAUGUUCCCUAAAUCUUCCUCAGAUCAAGAGGAAACAGAAAUAAACUUAACCCAAAAACUGAUAGAUUUGGAGCAUCUACUUUUUGAGAGACAUAAACAGGAAGAAGAGGACAGGUUAUUAGCAUUGCAACUUCAGAAAGAGGCGGAUAAAGAACAAAUGAAGCCAAACCGGCAAAAAGGCUCCCCAGAUGAAUAUCAGUUACGGGCUACGCCCUCACCUCCAGACAAAUUGCUAAAUGGACAGAGGAAGAAUUCCAAAGAUAGGAACUUAAAAAGGCAAACGGACAUAGAGCAUUCAAAACCUCGGAAAGGCUCAAGAGAUAAAAAUUGGCAGCCUUCUUUUAAUGGAAGAAAGAUGCCAAAUUCUACUAGAGAUAAUUGUAAUGUAUCUAAAAGUGCUCAUUCCCUACAGCCUUGUAAUUCACAGAAAAGUAUUUUUCAGAUGUUUCAGAGAUAUGCAAAAUAAUACAUGAGUAAAGGAAGUGUUUUGUAAUCUAGUAAAGCUGGAUUGUGAAGCUCUCUUUUCUCUAUAGAAUAUGUAUAAAUAUGUCAUAAAUUCUGCUCUGUAGGCACACUCAUUGUCUUUAAUUAAAGGACUGUGUGAUUGCAAGGGAAGAAUAUAUGAAUGUGUUUCUGCAAAACUCAGUAAUAAGCUAGGGACUCCCUAUCUUUCCAUUAUUUGUAAGUGUGAUACACUAAGUUUUACAAUCCUUAUGGAUGUGAAAAUGCCUUGGCCAACUCCAAGAAAUUUUCAAGUGCCAUUUUCUUUCCCAAAAAUGCAUGUUUUAUGGCCUUUGUUAGCCUUUUUAUCAUGACUAGUAAUCAAAGCAAGAUUCCAAGUAAUUAAGGAAUCCAUGCAGAGUUUAAAGUGUUAGUUUUCUUGCUUUUUUCACAUAUAUCCACAGAGCAUGUGAAAUGUAUACAUAGCACUGAAGUAAUCUAAUUUCCGUCUCUAGCUUAAUUAAAAUUUAAGCAUCAUAGCAUUUCCAUUGAUUUAAAAUGGAUUAGGAUCAAUGCUAAGUCAGAAAAUCAGUUUUCUAGAAAAUUUGGAAUUAGUUAACAGAAAGGAAACUAGACUCUAUGCAAAAUGAGGUUAAGAGUUGGGAUGAGGCUAGAUGGGGUGGAUUGACAGUUUGGGAGCAUUGGAACUGAAUGAGUAAGCAAAAACUGGGUCUAGAAUGAAGUAGUGGGCAAAGCAUUCUUUGCUAAAUGACCCAAAACAUUUGGGUUCUAUAGCUUUUCACACCAAGGUAUCUGGUGUCAAAAUCAAAAUUAGUUACUAAGUUACCUGAGUUUUUGAAAAUUCGCAUUUCUAUUAAUCUGCUAUUCCAGAAAACAAUGGGAAUCUACUAUAGGAGAGCUACGUCAUAAUAUCUUAUGUUGUAGAACAUGAAACAUAACCAUGUGUUUAUUUUCUUAUCAUUUGUAUGGAUAUUGCGUUUUACUUGUGUUUAUGGACAGAAAUAGAAAGUAUGAUACUUGGGUUUUGCCGUGUCUGACCCAUGACAGUUAAAUCAGAAGACAAUGAUUUCAUUUUGUGAAAUUUAACUUCAAGACUAUUGAUCUUUUGUUUCAUGAAUAUGAACAACUAUUAGCAAACAAAUAGUAGUUUUAAUAGUAUUUCAGUUGGUGUCUAGUCCUCCAUCAUUUUAAUGUAAAAAUACAAUAAAAUGUCCUCGAACUAAUUCUAACUUGUUUAUUAAUAUAUUUGUCAUUAAGCUUCUUUCUUCCAAAUUUUGUAAUUGAAAUUCUUUAAGUCUUUGCAUGCUUGAUGGCAUUUAUGUCAAUAUUGAUAGAGUAAUUAUGGGUAGAAUUCAAAAAAAGUGAUUGCCCUCUGAGUAAUGAUUGUAAUGAAGUAUAGUUAGAAACUAACCAAAUAUUUCUAAAAUGGACUAAAAUCUAUCUUCUCAUCAAACCAGUAUUUUUCUAAGCACAAUUUCACUUUAUGUUGUGGGGUAGACAAUGUUGGAAAUCCUCAAAUUAAAAGCUACCUACUUAAAUUUUUCUGUUAUAGUCCGUGACCAUAAAGUGGCCUAUGGUGUGAUAUAUUUAAGAUUUAUAUAUUUAACCACUUGUCUGUGAAGAAGUCUUCCUGACUAAAGUUGGUUUUAAGAUCAGUUUGUUUCUAUAGUCUUUCUGCUACUCCUACCAUGUAUGGCUUUUUGUCAGAAACUAAUAAAUGUUUUGUGUCAGUCAUUAGAAUAUAUGAACGUAUUGCUACUUCUGCCUCUCUUUGUGGAAAGAAUAUGAGAAUGCUUAAUUUCUCAGGGAUUGCUGAAGCUGUGCAAAGGUUGAGAAUCCAAAAAUUAAAAUGAUUACUAGAAAUAAAAAUUAACUUAUGUAUAUUUUACUGUAAUUUAAAAAUAAAAAUCAUCUACAUAAAAUUUAAAAGUUCUGCAUAACACAAACUACCAUCAAGGAAAGUUGGAGGACAUGGCAGACUGCAGAAGAAAUAGUUGCAAUUCACCACAAAGAGCUAAUUUCGUUUAUGUAAAGUGUAUGCCAGUUCAUUUAAAAAAAAAAAAACUCCAUAAGAAAAAUAGAAAACUUUAUUUUCCCAAGAAACAUCAUUUUCAACAAAGGAAAUACAAAUGACUCUUAACUAUGUGAAAAGGUAUGUAAUGUCACUUACACUAAUAUGUUUUUUCGCCCUCAGAUUAAUAAAGCAUUUUUCUGUUGU